CCUCCCUGGCUCUUGUCCGUGGACCCUCCGCCUGUGAUGUCCGAGACGGCUCCUGUGGACCCGGCUGAGCCUGGCCCGGCUUUCAUGGCGAAGCCGAACAUCAAGAAGCGAGGGAAGAAGCAGGUGGGCCUGGCGGGUGUGAAUCGCAAGACGCCAAGCCCGUCGGUGUCCAAGGUGAUCACGGAGGCCUUGUCGCUGUCCCAGGAGCGGGCGGGCAUGUCGCUGGCCGCGCUCAAGAAGGCGCUGGCGGCCGCGGGCUACGACGUGGACAAGAACAACAGCCGCAUCAAGCUGGGCCUCAAGAGCCUGGUGAGCAAGGGCACCCUGCUGCAGACCAAGGGCACCGGCGCCUCGGGCUCCUUCAAGCUCAACAAGAAGGCGGCCUCCGGGGAGGCCAAGCCCAAGGCCAAGAAGGCGGGUGCGGCCAAGCCCAGGAAACCCGCAGGCGCGGCUAAGAAGCCCAAGAAGCCCGCGGGGUCCGCCACCCCCAAGAAGAGCGCCAAGAAGACCCCGAAGAAGCCCAAGAAGCCGGCGGCGGCGGCGGGAGCCAAGAAAGCAGCCAAGAGCCCCAAGAAGGUGAAGGCCGCCAAGCCCAAGAAGCCGGCGAAGAGCCCGGCCAAGGCUGUGAAGUCCAAGGCCGCCAAGCCCAAGGCCGCCAAGCCCAAGAAGGCGGCCCCCAAGAAGAAGUAGGCUCACACCCGCUUCUACAACCCAAAACGGCUCUUUUCAGAGCCACCACUGGUCUCAAAAGAGAGCUGAGCACUCACCCGCCGUUCACCCCAUUCUCCCCUCCCCUCCCCACGCCUUUAACCUUUGAUUCUAACGCAGUGUCGCCGGAGCGACUUCGGAGAGGCCUGCAGACACCGGGAGGAGGGGUUAGUGUGGGCCUCGGAAGGGCGGUCGCUGAGGUGACAGGCAGACCAUCCGCAUUGGGAACGGGCUGCUGUGGGGGGACUGUUCCUGGUCCGAUGAGCGGAACCGCCCUCGGCAGCCCUGGCCCCACGGGCCUGUGGACAGGGACGCAAUCCCCAGUCAUACCAGCCCGUUCCCGAGCCGCGGGGAUGGCACCAUUAGGCCAGGGAAGCUUUCAAAAGUCCCGCCCGCUCGCGGGUUGGCGCGCGCCCGCCGCCCGUCGUCCUCGUCCUGGAUGCCAUUGGACAGUGGCAGCUGCUGUCGCACGUUUGCUUUUCUUUUUUUCUUUUUUACUUGUUUUGGCUUUUUUGUUGAUUGGGUUGAGUUUGCCCUUCUCGCUGGGUGUGGCAAUGCUUCUGGCAUGUUUUGGAAAGUCAGGCUGCUGUGUCCUGGGGCGUUUUUUGGCCUCCAGCCCUGGGAGGAGGAGGCGCGGGCGCCUUCUCGCUCAUUCUUUUCAUUCCCGUUUUUUUUUCUGGCGACAAGAAAGCGCCCUUGAGGAAUGGCUGCCGCCCAGGUCUCGGCAGCUGCGGGGUCUUUCUGUCCCUCGGACCCUGUAACCUUGAACUUGGGUGUGACCGGUCGGAGCGCAUCAAAAACAACCUUUGGUCGCCAUGUUGUCCUGACAGGAGGCUCCCCACCCUCCGUUAGACAAACAAGUAAACCCUGAAGAUGCUUUAAACGCCGAGAGAGAGAGAGAGAGAGAGAGAGAGAGAGAGAGCGAGAGAGAGACCCAAAUGUCUUUCCAUGCAGGAGGAAAAAGUGUCGGUGAGCCUUGGAUCUGAGUCUGUGAGGGGUGAUGUCAGUAAGGGCGUUAGUUUUCAUCGACAGUGUCACCCAUGGGUUGUGUUACACUCGGGGCGUUUGUGCUGGAUGCAGCCCAGCGGACAGUUUCAAUUCUGCACAACUUGCAGGGAGAGGGGCCUGGGGGCCUGCCGCGCAGUUCUAUCUGCAUCUGUUGCCCCAGCUCCAGGGAGGUAAUUGCCUUAGGGGGGGCUUUUGGGGGGGGGGGGGGGGGGGGUGACUCGAGUUCAUGCGCCCCGCCCCGCCCUCUCUCCUGGGCAGAGAGAGUUUAAUCUUCGUCGUCUGUGUAAUCACUUUGAACAGAAAGACUCACUCACGACUAUAACACACACGAAGAAAGAUGGUUGUCUCAUGUUUUUCCCCAUUUUUCUGUUAAUUUUACAUUUAAAAUAAUUGUGAGCCCUCUGCAUGUUCGUGUACAAGUAUGGGUACAAAUAUAUGGAUCAUUUUUGAUAUGUGAAUGCAUGGCUGUUUUUAUAGGACUUAUGUUAGGAUAUAUGAAUGCAUAUGGAUAAUAUUUUCCUCAAAACCAUUUACUAACUGCCUUUUCUGCCUCUCCUGCCCUCCCCAGUCCACCCCCACUUGAGAUAGGGCCUUUAUCACAGGUAAAUUCCAUGCAGAGGUGAACUAAUUCUUGGUUUUCUCUUUUGUCCCUUUGAUCUUUCCAGCCAUUCCUAAGGCCAGAUCACACUGGUUUCAGUACUGUUCACAGCUCUGCAAUGCUGAGAAUAUAUGAACCAUAGUAGAUAUGCAAGUAAUUGGAUGUCAAAUAAACAUGUUAUAAUAUAA